UGUGGCAUUUAUCGUUUUAUCACAAUUGAGAAGUUAAUUUUGUGCUGGGUAGACAAAACAAUCUUUCUUUAAAAAUAAGUGUCCAAAAUUUAAAAAUGGGUGUUUUAUUUUAUUUACUUGUUUUAGUUUAUUCAACAAUGACAAUGGCAGCAAAAAACUUGACCAGCGUUACCUGGGUACAUGCUGUUAACAACCAGGCUCUUUUGGCAUCAGUUUUACAAGAGUCAAAUAAAGUUGAUAUGAUUGAAGCAGAUGUCAUUUACGGACACCUUACUAACCAAACAGACAUAAUACCUGUCAUGGGGCAUCCACCAAUGACUGAAUCCGAUUUAUCUUUGGAUGAUUUUUUGGAAAAAAUAUCUAAAUUUAAUGAAAUAGAAAAUGUUGUCCGCAAAGGUGUAAAAUUGGAUUUUAAAAGCAUCGAAGCGUAUCAAAAUUCAAUGGAAUCUGUUAGGAAAUAUGAAAACGCUUCUUACCCACUAUGGAUAAACGCUGACAUCCUACCUGGCCCAGUGGACUCCAAAGUAACCCCUGUUAACGCAGACAAAUUUUUGGAAGUCGCUAGAACUUUCCCCUCGAAAGUAAUCCUCUCUAUCGGCUGGACGACGAACUACGGCGUGUUAGGCAACCCGCCCAACAUCUCCGAAGGCUGCUACGAUUGCAACCAAGCAAAUACCAUGCUGCUAAAGAUACAGGAGCACGAUGUCAAGCAUUCCGUUACUUUCCCUAUGAGAGCCGGUCUGGUAGCUGAAAGUUUGGAGGUUGUGCGGGAGUUGCUGCACGGAGUUAAGGGGUCAACCUUGACCAUUUGGAGUAGCAUGGGGGAUUAUGUUAAAGUCGACAAACUGAGGCAGUUGAUUGCAAAUAUUGGAGUCGAUAGGAUUUAUGUCGAUGUUCCCGACAAAUUGAAGGAAAGAUUGCAUUUGGACGAUUUGCCACAACCAACUAAAAAAGUUUAAUACAUGAGAUUAAUAAUAAAAUAAUUGUUUGUAAA